AUGAAUGCUGGAAGUGCGACGACCACGUUUACUUGCCGCCCAUCUCGACAAGAUCGUGGGACCGUGUUCUUGGGAGGCCUGAAACGUGAGCUCGUCCCAAUUCUCCGCCGUCUGAUUCGGCGCGGCGAGGUCUCAUAUUCUUCGCCGCCGAUGUCAGACCCUCUCACUCCAUCGAGGAUAGCUCAACAUGAAUCUAUCCCGCACACCAGUGAACAACAUCCCACCGCAGCGGCCUCAACAUCAAGUUCAAUUCACAUGCCAGGAUUGCCGAUAGCAGCUCCAAGGCAAGAACCUCGCUUAUACAACAGCAUACGACCGCAUACGCAUGCCGAUCGACCACCAGGCCAUGCUUCACCUAUGCAACCCAUGCAACCGCAUACGGGACUCGACCGUGAUCGGGCGCCUGCGCAUGAGCUAGAGACGUCGCAAAAUGAGCCUCCAACAGCGACUUCGAGAGUUGGCCGAAAAGCCAAAGCUCACGUUGCUUCGGCCUGCAUCAAUUGCAAAAGAGCGCAUUUGAGUUGUGACGUUAGUAGGCCUUGUGCUCGGUGCGUUGCUUCGGGCAAACAGGAUUCCUGCGUCGAUGUACAGCACAAGAAGCGUGGUCGUCCACGGCUGCGUGAAGAAGGCGAGUUCAAGGUCGAACAAAUGCAUCCCGUAGCUGGUCCAUCAAAUGCGACCCCUACGGCAAUCGAUCAUCAUAUGCGCCCCAUAGCGGCCACAAGGCAUCGUCGAGCCGAGUCGUUUCGCUCCCUUCGAUCACAGGGCAGUGAAAGCUCCGGCGUGGGGGUCAGUCCUACUUAUUCCAUUCCGCGGCCCACGAAUACUACACAACCUACGUUUGGGUUCCAACCUCCCCCAGCGCCAAACAUAACCCCAGGAGGCUACGAGAUCCCGACAGCAUACCUGGAUCUCGAUUUAAUCAUAAUCAAAGCGAAUUCGUCCUUUCGUCAGAUCAUGCUUGGAGGGCAAGAGGUUGCAAGGCGGCAUCUGCGUGAUAUUGCAGCCCCUGCUGAUGGCCAGGACUUUCAAACUAUACGCAAUCGUCUAAGGGCGGAGCGAGAGGGGCGUGAGCCUCUGUACAUGCCUCCGAUCAUACUGCGUGGCCACGAUCCGCUGCUUGGAGCAUUGGAAGCGGACGUUAAUCAGUACACUCGCGGCUUCGACGACCACACAUACACUUGGACCCAUACGCAGGCUGGAUCUUCCGGGCAGAACUUCCCGGCGCGAGUUCGACUCGCCAAAGCCAGCUCCUACUUCGUAUCGGUGACCCUUCCGAGUUUUCGACCAGUGGAACCUCCCUCGCAGUCUACCUACGCACGCAGGCCUGAAACACAAAACGUGCCUCGUUCAGUUCCACCUGAGGUCUCUCCGCGGGCUGGCUUUGUUCCAUAUCCUAGACCCACAUUUCCACCGCCGCUACCAGCAAGUCGAUCGAGCCAAUCGGUACAAAACACACCACCACAGGUAUAUCAAUCAGGUCAUCCGUCUGUACAGGUACCUCAACCAUCGCCGCAACAAGGAUACGUACAGCAAGGGUACGCACAGCAAGGGUACGCGCAACAAGAUUACGCGUCUUUACGAUCAACGCCCUUGUCCGCUACACGACUCCACGUUGCAGAACCACCAACAGAUACGACAGCAUUCACUCCACGAGCCUCAUCCCGCGAACUUCCACAGGUUGCACCCGUUGACUCAAGUGUACAACUCCCGCCGAUACUGGGGAGUGGAACUCCCCGAAGACAAUUCUCGGCAGCUGCCGCCGCCGGCUCUGGAGAGCUGCAAAGACCGCCCCUACAAGGCGAUGUAUCCAACGACGACGAUAGAGAAGCUGCCGGUGGCAACGGACAGCCUUCGCCGAGAAAGAGGCGCAGAAUGGACAUUGAUCAAGUCUUGCAUUGA